AUGUACUGCACGAGUAAAUACCAUUCCUUGAGCGGAGAGCGCGAAGAGCGGCCGAUGCAGCUGUACUAUAAAACAGACGACUGGCCCAAGCACCAGCCGCUUAUCUUCGACACGCAAUUCAAGGAGCGCUUCGGAGAAGUAUGGCCGCGGUUCCUAAAGAAGAAGGGCGUGUCGGUGGCGGAAUAUGGGCCCUGGAACAGCACGGAUCGCGUGGCGAGGGAGGCGGCUCGGGCGACGCUGUUGGUUCGGCGGUUGAGGGACGACGAGUACGCGUAUCAAAUCUGCCAGCAGGAGGAAAACAAGGAGCGGCUGGUGCGGAAUUUCAAAUUGCUGCGGCGAUCGCAGUCGCUGGUUCGCGUGGCAAAUCGAAUCGCAGCGUCCAUGGGAUGGUACUACGUGGCAGUGCACGUGAGGCGCGGCGACAAGGUGGCUGAUACCAACCGAGAGCUCUGGCCUAAUCUGGACCGAGACACUCGACCUGAGGCCCUUCUCAAGACUCUUCCCAAGUUGGUAAAGCCGGGGCGGCACGUGUACAUAGCGUCGAACGAGCGCACGCCGGGCUUCUUCAGCCCGCUCGCCUCACUCUACAAGAUCCACGUGCUCUCCGACUACCGCCACCUCUGGGCGCAGGGCAGUGACUGGUACAACGACUGCCGCACGCUCAUGCAGCAACUCAAGAUGAACGAGACGGAGCCGGUCUUUGAUGCGCACAUGCAGUGGAUCGUGGACGAGAUUGUGUUGAAGAUUGCUCGGAGAGUCAUAGAGACGUUCAAUGACCUUACGUCGGAUCCCAGGAAUGGCCUAAUCAGGCAGAAGCUGAGUAAUUCAUCUUCAGACAUCGUGACGCUGUCGCCCGAUCAAGACCUAUUGGAAGUGGCAAUGGCGCCUCCUGCUGGAGACGGCACGGAAGUGACCAUGGCGGCAGCAGCCGAACCGCCUCAAGUGUACACGGUCGGCAGCUCGACGAAUAUCAAGUGGCACGAGACGAAAGUCGGCAAGGAGGAGCGGGAACGGUUGCUAGGGCAGCGCGGGUGCGUGAUCUGGAUGACGGGGCUGAGCGGCGCGGGCAAGAGCACGUUGGCGUACACUCUCGAGCACGCGCUCAUGGAGCGACGGCGCAUGGCCGUGGUGCUGGAUGGGGAUAACAUCCGGCACGGCCUGAAUAAGAACCUCGGAUUCAGUGCUGCGGAUAGAGAGGAGAACAUCCGCCGAGUCGCCGAGGUGGCAAAGCUAUUUGCUGACUCGGGUGUGAUUACAAUCGUCAGCUUCAUCUCGCCCUACAGCAAGGAUCGGGCGGCUGCGCGGGCGUUGCUGGACCCAGGGACGUUCAUCGAGGUAUUCAUGAAGAUACCCCUGGCUGUAUGCGAGCACCGGGAUCCCAAGGGGCUCUACAAGAAGGCCCGAGCUGGCAUCAUCAAGGGCUUCACGGGCAUUGAUGAUCCCUACGAGGAGCCCACAGCAGCAGAGGUGGUGAUGGAGGUGGCAGGGGAGGAGGGUGCCAUGCAGUCACCAGAAGCCAUGGCUGCGAUGUUGAUAGAGUACCUGGAGCACCAUGGGUUCUUACCCUCUUGUAGUGAUGCACUUGGUGCUGAUGCUGUGCAGUGUGCUGCUGCUACUAAUGGGGCAGUUUCUAAUGGAGCAGCUAGUGGUAGUGUGUGA